AUGGAUGACCUAUUGAAAGCAGUCGACAAUGAAGAACAAGCAAUUAUGAAAGCGAAACUCAUCCGCGAUGGACUAGCAGAAGGAGAUUUUCAUCUAACAAAUUGGAUCUCGAACUCCCCGGAAUUCAUCAAAGCGUUGCAACCAGAGCAAGCAGUAGCAGCAGCACAUCAUGAUUUAGCGUCGGAUGACGUCGAAAAGCUACUGGGAGCCUUCUACGAGCCAACGACAGACGAGAUGACGUACCGAGUGACUGGAGUCGAAGAUCUUAAAUGGACGCGCGCUGGAUUGCUGAGCAAGGUGGCGAGUAUCUACGACCCCCUAGGACGAGCAGCACCAGUAAUGGUAAAAGCAAAAAUUAAAUUGCGUGAGCUAGGUACCAGAGGACUAAACUGGAACGAAGCCAUCAGCGGUGACGACAAGGAGUGGUGGCAAACCUGGUUCAAGACGCUGGAGAAACUCAACGACCUUUCGAUGCCACGAAAUUUGCAGCCAGACAAAGAAAAAAUCAUCCAGAGCGAUCUUCUAACCUUUGGAGAUGCAUCUGAAGAGGCCUAUGCAGCAGCCGUAUAUCUACGCAGUGUCUACCAGGAUGGCACAUCAAUAUGCAGAUUGGUGAUGGCCAAAACCAAAUUGGCUCCUCGGCAGACACAGUCGAUUCCAAAAUUGGAGCUGAACGCAGCAGUGCUAGGCGCUCGACUGGCCACAUACGUUGCAGACGCGCUACAAAUCUCUGGACUCAACAGGAUUUUCUUCACUGAUUCCAGUACUACCAGGAACUGGAUACGAGCCGUCGCUUCACAUUACAUGCCGUUCGUCAGCCACAGAAUCGGAGAGAUUCAAUCUCUCACCAACGCUAACGAGUGGCGCUUCAUUCCCGGAAAAAUGAAUAUAGCAGAUGCUGCGACGCGGUCCUUAUUGACAGACGGAGAGCCGAUUCCACCAAGAUGGCUGGAAGGACCAUCUUUCAUCGCCUUACCAAUGGAGCAAUGGCCGAAGGAUUUGCCUUGGGUGGCAGUAGCAGCAGAGAAAAGAACUGCCCACAUCCACCACGCAAUUUCUGAGCCCCCUCUUCAAGAUUGGACAAAGGUGAUCAUCGAUUCGAAGAACAUCUCAACAUUCCUGAAGGUAGAAGGAGAUGCCAAGGAGAUUAUUUUAAAGUGCCAAAAGGAAGGAUUCCGUGAAGAAAUCAGUUUAUUGUCAAAGGGCAAGCUAAUCUCAAAGAAGUCAAGCCUCAUUCAAUUAACUCCUUUCUUAGACAAAAAUGGAAUUCUCCGACUGGGUGGACGGAUCCACCGCGCAAAGCUACCACAUGAGAUUCUACACCCUCCAAUUCUGCCCGGAAAGCACCCACUGGCAGAAAAGAUAGUGACAGCAGUGCAUCAAGAGUCGCAUCACGCAGGCACUGACUUUCUCCAUGCCAAAAUUCGGCAACAUCUUUGGAUCCUGCAAGGACGAGAGCUGGCAAAGAAGAUCCGCUUCAACUGUGCCGUCUGUGUGAAAUCGCGUGCCAAACUCGCCACGCAAAAGAUGGGUGAUUUGCCAUCUGCUCGUCUCGAUUCUUACACCGCCCCAUUCACGCACAUAGCUCUGGACUAUUUCGGACCGAUCGAAACGUCAGCUUACAGGAACCGAGUAGUCAAACGGUAUGGCCUGUUAAUCACCUGUCUCGUCACCCGCAAUAUUUAUGUAGAAAUGGUGCAGUCAAUGUCAACACCAGAUUUUCUCUACGGUCUACGGCGUUUCAUCGGAGAAUUCACGAAGCCAACUGAAAUCUUCUGUGACAACGGGACAAAUUUUGUGGGAGCUGAGAAGGAGCUGGCCACAGCAUUUCGUGAGUUGCAAAAGGACGAAAAGUUGAAGGAGUUUGCGCGAGAGCGCUCAAUCAUCUGGAAAUUCCAGCCACCUAGUGCUCCGCAUUUCGGCGGAUCACACGAAUCAAUGGUCAAAUCAACAAAGAGGGCGCUCUACCGGGCGCUGGAUACGGAAAAAGCCGGAUUGCGCUACCCGACGGACGAAAUGCUCAGAACGCUACUGAAGGAGGUGGCGGGCAUGCUGAACGGGAGACCUCUGACGCUGGCCAGCAACGACCCAGAAGGCUUCAGACCGAUCACACCAAAGGAUUUCUUGAAUCUGCCACCAACGUCGGAUCUUCCGGCCGGAGACAUCCGUCGCGCUCUGCCCCGCGACCAUAUUCGUUACGUGAAGAAGAUGGCCAAUUUAUUUUGGGACCUGUGGACCAAGAUUUUCCUCCCUACGCUGGUUCCAAGAAGGAAGUGGGUCGCGGAAGAAAGAAAUUUUGAAGUUGGAGAUUCGAUCAUGCUAUCGGACAACAAUUUGCUGCCAAAUCAGUGGAAGACGGGCCGAAUAAUCGAAGUUUAUCCCGGUUCCGACGGCUUUGUUCGAGUCGUAAAGGUGAAAACGGACUGCGGAGAAUAUUUGAGACCAAUCCAUCGUCUAGUACUACUGGAACCUUACUUGGCCGUCCUUCCGUCGGCCUCGGGGGAGAAUGUUCCAGAGAAAAAGAAGGCUUAA